AUGGCGGCGACGCGGGCGCAGACUGACGGCCCUCCGGCGGGGGCAAAGUGCAAAGUGAAACUGCCGAAGCUCGAGUUACAACGAUUUCGCGGCGCCGCCACGGAGUGGCAGUCCUUCUGGGAGCGGUUCGAGCAAGCGGUGCACGGAAACGACGGCCUCUCCAACGCGGAAAAGUUUCUGUACUUGCGAUCGGUGCUUUCGGGUAAAGCUGCAGCGGCCAUUGCCGGCAUUCAAGUGACUGGCGCAAAUGACACCACUGUCAUCGAACUUCUGAAAGAGCGCUUCGGUCGACGAGACAUGCUGAUUCAAGAGCAUCUGACUCAGUUGCUCGACUUGCCACCGGUAAAGAACGAAAAGGAGCACAUAGGCCUACAUCGACUCUAUGACCACCUGCAACGCAAUAUCGAUGAUCUCCUGGCGCUCGGAGUCAAAACAGACAGUUACGGCGCCCUGCUCUCCUCCGCACUCCUGCGAAUGCUGCCAACCGAUCUUGUCGGAUACCACAAAGGACUUUCCGCUGCAGGCAAAGAUGAUGUGACCAGCAUCAAGAGUUUGCAAGUUUUUCUUAAAACAGAAGUAGAGAGCCGGGAAAAGGCACUGCAACCUGGUAAUCUCGCCACCCGAGAAUCAAAACAUCGAGACAGGGAAAAGAGCAAACCUCAAAAAGGUCCCUUCCUCCUCGCAACCACCGUGCGCCACCAUCUGUCCACGACAGGAGAUUAUCCAGAAAUAAGGAAAACCAUCCGCGAGAGCCUUUACGUGGACGACCUCAUAACAAGAGCGAACAGAGCGGAGGAGGCUGUGUUCAGGAAUGACCUGAAGCUCAUACUCCCUCCGGAAUGA